GUAUAAAUGAGGAGAGGAGGCGGGCGCGCUCCCUUUUCUUUCCCGGAGCUCUCGUGGGAGGUAACAGCUUGUCUUUAAACCCUUUGUGGCAAUCCUUGGAAGCACCGUCGAGAUGCCCAGGGAAGACAGGGCUACGUGGAAGUCCAACUAUUUCCUGAAAAUCAUUCAACUCCUGGAUGAUUAUCCAAAAUGCUUCAUCGUGGGAGCAGACAAUGUAGGAUCCAAACAGAUGCAGCAGAUCCGCAUGUCCCUGCGUGGGAAGGCUGUCGUGCUGAUGGGGAAGAACACCAUGAUGCGCAAAGCUAUCCGUGGUCAUCUGGAGAAUAACCCUGCUUUGGAAAAGCUGUUGCCUCAUAUCCGUGGGAAUGUGGGCUUUGUGUUCACCAAGGAGGAUCUGACUGAGAUCAGGGACAUGCUGUUGGCUAACAAGGUGCCAGCUGCUGCUCGAGCUGGUGCCAUUGCCCCUUGUGAUGUCACCGUGCCAGCCCAGAACACUGGUUUGGGUCCCGAGAAGACCUCCUUCUUCCAGGCUUUGGGCAUCACCACGAAGAUCUCCAGGGGUACCAUUGAAAUCCUGAGUGAUGUGCAGCUGAUCAAGACUGGAGAUAAAGUGGGAGCCAGCGAAGCGACCUUGCUGAACAUGUUGAAUAUUUCCCCAUUCUCCUUUGGGCUGAUUAUCCAGCAGGUGUUUGACAACGGCAGCAUUUACAAUCCUGAAGUGCUGGACAUCACUGAGGAGACUCUGCACAGACGCUUCCUGGAAGGUGUUCGUAACGUAGCUAGUGUUUGUCUGCAAAUUGGCUACCCAACCAUCGCUUCUGUGCCUCACUCUAUCAUCAAUGGGUACAAGCGAGUCCUAGCUGUGGCUGUGGAGACUGAGUACACCUUCCCACUGGCUGAAAAGGUAAAGGCCUUCCUAGCUGACCCCUCAGCCUUUGUGGCUGCUGCGCCUGUGGCAGCUGAAGCUGCAGCUCCUGCUGCUGCUGCUCCAGCCAAAGAGGAAGUAAAGGAGGAAUCAGAGGAGUCUGACGAGGACAUGGGAUUCGGUCUCUUUGACUAACUCCUGCCACACACUAACCAACCACUUCAUUAACUGGUUUAAUUAGAGAAAUAAAGUGCUAUUUUACACCC